AUGCACAUCUACAAUUUUAGGCUGAAAGCAGAGCAUGAGGAAGAAACGCGCAGGCGUCGGCUACAGAUCUACGUGUGCGUGGCGCGCUGCAUCGCGUACAAUUUCAACGCCAAGCAGCAGACGGACAUCGCCAAGCGAUUGCCGAAGGUUACCAAGCAGGAGUUGGGCCGGAUCAAGGAGCGAUUCGGCGCCUUUGUGCGCGGCGAAAUCCAGAUCGUGGUCGAUGAGGCGUUCACGAACGUCGUGCAGUCGUUCUCCGAGGUGUUGAACUCGGACCGGACAUUGAACAUGGUGUUGGCCGGCGGUUUUUCGGCCAGCGACUUCCGUGAGCUGUUCCGCAAGAUAAUCGAGAAACGGCUCAAGGAGACGGUGAUCAACUCGUGGAUGGCCAAGUUCGAGUACAUCUACCACAGCGAGGAGGAAAACGUCGGCCGCAAAUCGAAACCUCGCUGUGCGCAGAACCCGAACGCCGACGCGGUGCUUAGCAACGAACAACUGUACGACCUGUUCCAGCAGAUCCUGGGUGUGAAGAAGUUCGAACAUCAGCUGAUAUUCAAUGCGCUACAGCUCGAUAAUCCAGACGAACAGGCGGCCGUAAUUCGGCGAGAAUUAGACAGUCGCAUUCAGAUGGUUCAAGAAAUGGCCAAGGACCGCAAGCUAAUGCCGAAAUUUGUAGUUAAAGACAUGGAGACUUUGUACUUGGACGAGAUGCGUUCUGCCGUCAAUUUGUUAGUGUCCAAUCUGGAGUCAGUGCCGGUCAAUCCAAAGGGUUCUUCGUUGUCCAAAAAGUCAUUCCGGGCCAGAUCUCGUUCCAGGUGUUGUCCAUAUCACACCGUUUUCAUCUUACCUUUCAUUCUUCCUUUAGGACGCGACACUACAACAGCCAGGACGCAUUUCUCUUCAACAGGUAAAUGAAA